GUCACAUGCCGUGCGUGAACAAUUGGUCAAAUUGAAUUCUUUGCCCAUCGCUGGCGUCUCGUGUCAUGUCAAAAGAUGUUCCAAGCCUUGAUAUUUACGCCCCAUUUCCGAUAGUCAGGGGUCCUCAAGAAGCCCCUGGAGCGCCCGCCAGCCCAACCGUCACCAAGUUCCUGCCAGACAGAACCUCCAAUGAUGGCCUUACGCAAUGGGCAAAAUCGCAUGUUUCUCUCCGCGCUUUUCAACCCUCAGAAAGUCAUUCGGUAAAAACACUCACAGCUAAAGCGGAACGUCGGAAGAAAGCCAAAGCCGCAAGGAAGGCAGGGAUCAUCAGCCGGAGGGAAGCUAAGAAAACAGGCGUGUGGAAUAUUGACAAACGAAUUGCAAUAUGGGCGACAUUCAUGCCAAUACACCUAAUGUGGUGUGCAUACAUGGCGGAAUUAAUCAGUUUACCGCCCAGACCAACCCCUAGUGAAGAUGGAACACUUCCAAAUGCUACGAUGCCGAACGCCGAGGCUAUGCAGUCAAAACUUGUUAGAGCUGAUUUGCAUGGAAGUAUUAUCAAAGUUAAACAGAGCCGAAAUACGUCAGUGAUAGGGUCAGAAGGUAUAGUCAUCCAUGAAACCGAAAACACGUUCAAAUUGGUCACAAAAAAGAAUGCGCUCAAAAUUAUACCGAAGGAAAACAGCAUUUUCACGAUUUUAAUCCCUUUAUAUGCUCCGCCCCGAUUCGAUCCCACUGCACUAGCUGGCAGAGGUGAUAGAUCAACAGGGCCUGCACCGUCGUCAUCGAUGGGCAUAGAUGCAGACCCAUCAUCGGCGACGGUGUCCUCUUCUAACUUUUAUUCACCUUCUGCACUCGAAUCGCCACUUGAGAGGGAGCCUUCAAUACAAUUCGAGCUGUAUGGCAAUCACUUCCGGUUCCGUGCUGCGGAUCGUGCAUCGAGGAAGUUCAAACCGAAAACGACAAUUGAAAUCUAGGUGUAAUGUGGAUUGACGCACAAAACUGAGAAAAGUAGGCUUUUCUUCGGUUUGAUGGGUGGAACUUGCGAUUCUGUAGUUGAAUCACUGUCCUGACAUGGGGGGGCUUGAAGCCGGCCACCGCUGCGAUCCCUGAAGCAGGUCAUUUAUCGCCACUGGCGGUAAGUACCAGGUGCUGUUAGCAAUGCCGACAUUCACCACAUGAUUGGCAAUCAACGGGGAAUAGGAAGUCACACAGCGGGUAUAUUAUCUACGGACAUAGGUAAACAGCAUUACUAAGAUCAUUAAAAUCGCAAUAUCACUGCUAUCAUCGACGAAUGAUCGACUAAGCACGAACGACGUAGCCUAAGUUGGUCCUCAGGUGACAACGGGUCUAAUUGGGAAAUCGG